UGGCGGAGCAGCACUCGAGGGUCGUCAAGUGCAAGAGCGAGCGAGGGCAAGGCGGGCAGCGCUGGACAGCAAGGAGCAGCAGCAGCAGCAGCAGCGGAGCCAGGGGGAGGCGCUGGACCGCGACAAGACGGAGGCGCAGAGGGCAGCGGACGACGCCGCGGCUGCGGCGGCCGUCGAGUCGGAAGCAGACGCGACGCUGCUGCUGGGCCGGUCCCCGCAGCGGCUGGCCUCCAGCCUGCGCGGGCUCUUCGCCACCGCCAAGUUCGACACCACAGGUUGCCCGCCCCGCCCUGCCACGACCACGACCAUGGCCGGCUGAAGUGCCGCCGUUCCCACCCGGCGCCGGUUUCCGCCACGCAGAGGCGCUAUGGCCGCACUAGGAGUCUACUAGCGCCAGCGGCAGCAGCAGCUCCAGCGCCGUCACCAUGAGCCUGCCGGCGCGCCUGCGGGGAUGGCUCACCGGCUUCGCGGCCAUCGCGUCUGUGCCCAUCCCCUUCGCCGACCUGCGCUCCGCCAUCUGGGCCAAGCUGCACGAGCCCAAGUCGCAGCGCAAGCUCAUCCUUGUCAUCGUGUCGAUCGCACUACUGCUCGACAACAUGCUCUAUAUGGUGAUCGUGCCCAUAAUCCCCGACUACCUGCGCUACGUUGGCGCUUGGGGUCCACCUCCAACAGUGCCGCCCCCGGACCCCAACGCGACGACCACAGUGGCGCCGCCCAAAGGUGCACCAGUGCAUCGGGACCACCACGGACAGGACUCCGCCACGGGGAUCUUGUUCGCCAGCAAAGCCAUGGUGCAGCUUAUGGUGAACCCGUUCUCUGGGGCCCUUAUCGAUCGCAUUGGCUACGACGUGCCCAUGAUGAUCGGCUUAACCAUCAUGUUCCUGUCGACGGCAGUGUUCGCCUGCGGACGUAGCUACGGCGUACUCUUCUUUGCGCGUAGCUUGCAAGGCGUGGGAUCUGCCUUCGCAGACACAUCCGGUCUCGCGAUGAUCGCCGAUCGUUUCACGGAGGAGUCAGAGCGCUCCAAAGCCCUGGGUAUCGCUCUCGCCUUCAUCAGUUUCGGCUGCCUCGUAGCACCACCAUUCGGAGGAGCGCUGUAUCAGUUCGCUGGAAAGGAGGUUCCCUUCCUGGUACUGGCUUUCGUUUCUCUCCUCGACGGUUUCAUGCUUCUUCUUGUCAUGAAGCCUAUCAAAGAGCAGAUCAAAGAUUCACAGCGGGAGCGUGUCGCAGGAACUCCAAUAUGGAGGCUCUUCAUCGAUCCUUACAUCGCUGUGUGUUCUGGAGCACUAAUGAUGUCCAAUGUAGCGCUCGCUUUCCUCGAACCCACAAUUUCCCUCUGGAUGGAGGACAAUCUGACGACGGAUAACUGGAAGAUCGGAAUGAUCUGGCUGCCAGCAUUCUUCCCUCACGUGUUCGGCGUUGCCCUGACUGUGAAGAUGGCAAAACAAUAUCCUCAGUACCAGUGGUUAAUGGCGGCUGGUGGUCUCGCUCUAGAAGGUCUCUGUUGCUUCAUAAUCCCAUUUGCGACGUCGUACAAAGCGCUGAUGGUUCCCAUAUGUGGCAUCUGCUUCGGUAUAGCGCUGAUAGACACCGCGCUCCUACCUACACUUGGCUAUCUUGUGGAUGUGCGCUACGUCUCUGUGUACGGAAGUAUUUACGCCAUCGCAGAUAUCUCAUACUCGGUGGCAUACGCAGUGGGUCCCGUUAUAGCGGGCGGUGUCGUCGAAGCAAUCGGCUUCACAGCUCUCAACGUUGGUAUUGCUUUCGCAAACCUACUGUACGCCCCUGCAUUGAUGUAUCUCAGGCACAUUUAUGACUUCAAGCCGUUGGAGAACGAGGCAAAUAUACUGGUGGGAGAUCCGCCCGACAAGCAGUAUCAGACCUACACGAUGCAAGACCAACGACCGGUUUCUACAGACCUCAAAAAUCAUCUCGAAUACUCUCGCUUUCAGGAGGAUGAAUCGCAAGGUAUUCAGGAGACGAAUGUCGACAAGGCAUUAGAGGUAAAUGGGUAUGCCCCCACAGUUACAGGAGGAUACUACCAGCAAGAGCAGCCUCCACAACAACAGUAUGCUCAGGAGCCAAGUUACCAGCCUCAAGUAAAUCAAACUCAAGCUUUCCAGUCACAACAACCAGCAGGAGCGCAAUCAUACCACACCGCACCAGUCCAGCAAAGCUACCAACCAGCGGCACCGACUCAGCCAUUCCAGUCACAAAGUGGGUACCAGGCUCAAGCGUAUCAGAGUCAAGGCUAUCAGCAACAAGGUUACCAGGCCCAACAGCAGGGAUACCAUCAACCACAGAAUUACCAAGUGCAACAGGGCUACCAACCGUCAACUCAGGCCUACCAGAGGCCUACAGCGAGCGUUGCGAGGUCGUCACAAGAUCAGGCUCCGGCUCGGCAAACGGACACGAACCCGUUUAGGGUGGCAGCGAGUGAACCACCACCUGUGCAACAGCCCCAGCCCCUAAGUGACAAGAACCCCUUCAGGCAGGGCUUUGGCUAUUAAAAUGUAAAAAUUAUAGCGUUCGGAAAUGAAGACUGAUACUCCCCUAUCUACGUGUGUGUGUGAAUGUGUUUAUGUGUGUCUGUGUGCAAGUGCCGGGGAAAGGUAUGGAAAGACAAAGAGGGAAGAUGAGGUUAGACGAAGCACGAAAGUGAAUGUGGUAAUAUAACUUAGGAUUUAAGCAAUAAACGAGUGUUUCUUUCUUUCCACUGGAUCCACGAAAUUUUUCUUUGGGAUUCGUGAAAUUCAAAACUCACAAUGUAAGGUUCAUCGUCACCGGAAGCGAAAAAGUGGAAGUUAUGUGAUAAGAAUGUGAACUCGUCGAAUUUAACUUUUGUUAAACAUACUACAUCAUAUCAUUCCAUCCUCAAUGGUUUAAAUUUAGAAGUAAGUCCUCUGGAACACUGUACUCAUAUUAUUUUGGUUUAUGAAGAUCAGCAAUAAAUUUCAUCCUACCAUCUGGCCAUGCCAACGACAACAAAAUGAAGCAUCAUGAGGCGAAGAAUGUACUGAUUUGUAGAUCAUCCACGAACUGCUGCACCUCAAAAACACUAGUGCUGAUUCCGUAAUAUUCUGAGAAGUCUCAGUAAUGUCCGCCUUUAUUUUUAGAGACGUGUAGUUUAUUGGAGCACUUUGAUGUCUGCUACUGAAUAUAUGGAUUCAUUUACGGUAUGGAGUUUAGUUAGAUUGUACAAAAUGAUUUUAAGAGUUAAAAAGACACUCGUGGAACAUAUCGUUCGCGUAUUC